AUGAUCCAAGCAACUCGGGACACGCUAGUAGCCCUGUCUCCGCGCUUGGUCAUCGUGUUGCUCGGUACAAACGACGCUGCACCUGCCUUCUAUCGGUCGGGCGGUCCGCAAGACGAAUACUUUGUGUCGCUGCGUGGCAUCCUGGAUGUAAUUGCCACGGCGUGCCCGACAGCAAAGCUGCUGCUCAUCAGUCCUCCUGUCGUAGUUGACGAAGUCUUUGGUCUCCCACAGAACGAACGCGAAGGCUUUGGGGCAGCCGUGGAGGAACCAGCCCUGAAACCAGCCCCGAUCACGGCCAAAGUUGCAAUUGCGAAACAACACAAGUGUGCUCAGUACGACACCACCGUCCAUCGUGUGACGAUUCCACCUAGACGGACGAAUGGAAGCAAUGCCGAGAACCACGUCACAUGGACUUGA